AUGUCUGGUCCCCUGGCUCAGUCCCAAAUGGUGUUCCUGACCCCUUCUGCCAUGUCUGGUCCCCUGGCCCAGUCCCAAAUGGUGUUCCUGACCCCUUCUGCCAUGUCUGGUCCCCUGGCCCAGUUCCAAAUGGUGUUCCUGACCCCCUCUGCCAUGUCUGGUCCCCUGGCCCAGUCCCAAAUGGUGUUCCUGACCCCCUCUGCCAUGUCUGGGCCCCUGGCCCAGUCCCAAAUGCUGCAGUACUUUGGACCAAAGGUGUGUCCUGAUAAGUGUCAUGCGUGUACAUGGGAUGGUGAGUGUUGUCAUGGCCAGUGUCUGGGUAGCUGUACGGAACCUAACACUGAUUCGUCUUGCGCUGCCUGUCUCCACUACUACCACGAGGGGCGCUGCGUUCCAGACUGCCCCCAUGAUACCUAUAAGUUUGAAGGCUGGCGCUGCGUCACCCUGGACUUCUGCUCCAGCGUCCACCUGCCUGACUUCGACCGCUUCGUCAUUCACAGAAGAGAGUGCAUGUCUGAAUGUCCUUCUGGAUUCACACGCAACAAGAGCAAGAGUAUGUUCUGCAGUGCGUGUGACGGGCUAUGUGAUAAGAUCUGUGAUGAGAAGGUCAUUGACUCCGUGGACGCGGCCCAGUCUCUGAAGGGAUGUACCGUCGUCAAGGGCAACCUACAAAUCAACAUCCGUAGAGGACAGAACAUAGUGUCUGAGCUGGAGAGUUUCAUGGGAUUGAUCCAGACAGUGACUGGCUACGUGAGAAUCAGACACUCUCAGACGCUGGGCUCCCUGUCCUUCCUCAAGAGCCUCCGCUACAUCAAUGGAGAGGAUCUGAUGGACGACAUGUAUGCUUUCCAUGCAGUAGACAAUCAGCACCUCCAGUUCUUGUGGGAUUGGACCCAGCACAACCUGACCAUCCGGGCCGGAAACUGUUCUUCCGAUCCAACCCUAAACUCUGCAU